UGUUUUUUUUUACAUGUAAUCUUGAGUGGAAACGUUGGGAUGAAUGCUAUACUAUUUCAGUUUAAAUAGGCUUCUUUAUUAUAGGCCUCUAUUUCUUUGUGAUUCGUUAUGGGCUCAAGUUAUUAGUUUUACGAUAACAAUCUUCAUGGAUUCAAACUUGGUCAUGGCUGACUUUUCAAACAGGGUGCCUGAUUAAAAUAGGGAGUAUUGGAGAUUCAACGUCUUUCCUUUGCAAUUUUAUUCAUGGAGUCUUCGUCUCCUUCUCGAAAUUGGAGAUUCAACGUCUUCCCGAGCUUCUGCGGUGAAGAUCUCCGCAAAAACUUCCUCAGCCAUUUCCUGAAGGAGUUGCAAAGGAAAGGAAUCACAACUUUCAUCGAUCAUGAGAUCAAGAGGAGCAAAGCUAUCGGCCCUGAGCUCGUGGCAGCGAUCAGAGGAUCAAGGAUGGCAGUCAUCUUGCUCUCGAAGAACUAUGCAUCUUCGACGUGGUGUUUGAACGAACUGCUCGAAAUCAUGAGCUGUAAAGAAGAGAUCGGCCAAACAGUGAUGCCGGUUUUCUACGAAGUCGAUCCAUCUGACGUCAGAAAGCAGGCCGGGGAUUUUGGAAACAUCUUUGAAGAAACUUGUUUGGGGAAGUCGGAAGAAGUGAGGCAGAGAUGGUCACGGGCUCUGACGGACCUCGCGAAUCUAGCCGGAGUGGAUUCUCGCCUCUGGAACAAUGAAGCUGAUAUGAUUGAGAAACUUGCGUUGGAUAUCUCUAGUGCAUUAAACGUUACACCUUCAAGGGACUUUGAUGAUCUCGUUGGAAUAGAAGCUCAUAUCAAAAAUCUGAAGCCAUUGUUAUCUCUAGAGUCUAGUGAAGUGAGGAUUGUAGGUGUUUGGGGUCCUGCGGGAAUUGGGAAGACAACCAUUGCAAGAGCUCUAUACACUCGACUGUCUCCUAUUUUCCAGCAUAGUGCAUUCAUGGGGAACAUUAAGGAAACAUAUAGGAGAAUCAGCCUCGAUGAUUACGGUUCGAAGUUGCAUCUGCAAGAAGAGUUUUUGUCUAAGCUUAUCAACCAUAAAGAUGUGAAGAUACCUCACUCAGGUGUGGUAAGAGAAAGGUUGAAGGACAAGAGAGUCUUUGUUGUUCUUGAUGAUGUUGAUGAACUGGAGCAACUCAUUGCCUUGGCAAAGGAGCCUCGAUGGUUUGGUUCUGGAAGUAGGAUUGUAGUGACCACACAAGAUAGACAGCUUCUGAAAGCACAUGGUAUCGACCUUGUAUACAAGGUGGAACUUCCGUCUAGACUCGAAGCUCUUGAGAUCUUCUGUCAAUCUGCUUUUGGACAAAAGCAUCCUCCUUGUGUCGGUAUCAGGGAGCUCGCGCUACAAGUGACUCAUCUUGCUGGAUAUCUUCCUUUGGGUUUAACCGUUUUGGGCUCCUACUUGCGAGGGUUUUCUAAAGAAGAGUGGGAAUAUGCAAUACCAAGACUUAACACAAGUCUUGAUGGUAAAAUUGAGAAGACUUUGAGAUUCAGCUAUGAUGCCUUGCAUAGUAAAGAUAAAUCCAUAUUUCUUCACAUUGCUUGUUUGUUCAAUGGUAAGAACGUCGAGGAUGUGAAGAUGUUGCUUGAGAAUAGUAACUUGGACGUUGACCACGGACUUAAAGCCUUGGCUGAUAAAUCUCUUAUAGAUACUCAUUGGGGACGCAUACAUAUGCACUCUCUGUUACAAAAAAUGGGUAGAGAGAUCGUCUGUCAACAGUCUGUUCACGAGCCUGGAAAACGUCAGUUCUUGGUUGAUGCUGAGGAGAUUAGGGAUGUACUUGCCUGCAAAUCCGGUACAGCAACUGUCUUAGGCAUAUCAUUCGAUGCAUCGAAAAUCAAUGGAGAGUUAUCCAUAAGUAAGAAAGCCUUUAAAGGAAUGCAUAAUCUCCAGUUCUUGGAGAUAUAUAAGAAAUGGAAUGGUAGAUCCAGACUAAAUCUGCCACAGGGUCUAAACUAUUUACCCCACAAACUUAGACUGCUACACUGGGACUCGUUUCCUAUGAGAUCUUUGCCUUCCAAGUUCUCUGCAGAGUUCCUUGUGGAACUCAGAAUGAGAUUUAGCAAGCUUGAGAAACUCUGGGAAGGGAUCAUACCACUUAGGAGUCUCAAAGUGAUGGAUGUGAGUUACUCCAGAAAGCUCAAAGAGAUUCCUAAUCUCUCAAAUGCCACAAACCUUAAGAAAUUUUCAGCAGAUGGUUGUGAAAGCCUCAGUGCAUUCCCACAUGUCCCUAACUGCAUCGAGGAGCUUGAACUAAGCUACACAGGAAUAAUAGAAGUUCCUCCAUGGAUCAAGAAUCUCUGUGGGCUGCAGAGAGUCUGUAUGACGCAAUGCUCGAAACUAACCAAUAUCUCUAUGAACGUUUCAAAGCUCGAGAACCUUGAAGAAGUGGAUUUCUCAGGCAGUGUGGAUGGUAUACUGUUUACUGCAAUAGUUAGUUGGCUCUCUGGUGUCAAGAAAAGGCUGACGAUAAAGGCUAAUAAUAUUGAAGAAAUGUUACCAAAAUGUCUACCGAGAAAGGCAUAUACUUCUCCAGUUUUACUGGAUUUGAGUGGUAACGAAGAUAUCAAAACUAUUCCAGACUGCAUCAAACAUUUUUCUCAACUUCAUAAGCUUGACGUUGGAAAAUGCAGAAAGCUUACAUCACUUCCACAGCUUCCAGAAUCACUUUCAGAGCUAAAUGCACAAGAGUGUGAGUCUCUUGAGAGAAUACAUGGUUCGUUUCACAAUCCAGACAUCUGUCUCAAUUUUGCAAACUGCUUGAAACUCAACAGAGAAGCAAGAGAGCUCAUAUGUGCAUCACCUAGCAGAUACACCAUCUUACCUGGUGAAGAACAGCCUGGAAUGUUUAAAGACCAAACUUCAGGAGAUCUGUUAAAGGUUGUGCAUAUGAUUCAGAGACCCUUUCCUCGAUUCCUGAGAUAUAAGGCUUGCAUUAGGCUUCUUGCUCGGUCAGCUGUCUAUGACGAUGACUCUGGUGGUAUUGCUCGUGUAGCUUGUUGCAUAAGGCGCAUAUGCGAUGGCAGUGUUGUGAGAGAUGAAUCUCUAGAGUUACACAUUCCUGUACUCGUGAACGAUCAUCUCUUUACAUUGGGAGGUUCUUUGAUCCUAAACAAAGGCAAUGAACCUGAAGUAGAUGCAACGUUCAGCGAGUUUUUGUUCGAGUUCAAGGCCAACAUAAAGAUGGAGAUUAUAGGAUGUCAAUUUACAGUUCUUGGGGGCAAAAGGGACUAUGAUACAUAUUCUAGAUGGAAUGAAGAAGUUUCUAGCCAGCAAGAUAAAAGGAUAAGGCAUGAAACUGAGGAACAAAGAUAGGAUCCUCAACAGACACAUGAUGAUAUUGUCAAUGCCAUGAAAGAUAAAGCAGCAUAAGAGCUUCUCAACGUGAGCUGUUAUCAGUAUAUAUACCAACAGCUUCAUAAGAAUCUGGUUGUUCAGGUUUGUACAUGAAGCUUUCAAAUGAUAUCAGAUUGUUUUACAAUCUAUACUUAUGAAUUAUAAUCUAUGGAAUUAUGGGUGGUGAGAAACGCUCUGCUUCUACCUUCUCCUACUAUGUAUUAAACUCUUAUCAGUUAAUAUAUGAUGAGUUUGUUGUUCAAAAAAAAAAAGUCUAUGGAAAAUAUGGGGUUUUUAUGGAAAUAAAUCAAAUAGCUAAUAGUUUUAACUCUCAUCUAAUCGUGAAAGAUAAAAAGAAAGAUUCAUAUUCAUAUGGAUUAUAAUGGUUAUUUUAGUUGGAAAUCUAAAUGUGAAGGUAGAAUUUAAUUCGCUUACCCGUUGACCCAUAAUGUCACGCUUCCUAGACUCAACAAACUACUAUGCAUUGUGCAGCGCAAUGUCGAUCGAGUUGGUGUUUGACCAAUGAGAGUUGUAGCCAAUUAGCCAUUUCAAAUUUCCAAAAUCUCUUUUUUUCCCUCCCACUUCAUUGUUUCCAUCGCCGUGUUCUCAUCCAAAAAGAGAAAACAUCUUUAUUACAAAUUUUAUGUUCACAAAUAUUUUCUCAAACAGUAGUUGUUCCCGGCACAGCAAAACUUGGAAAUACUAAUCCUAGAAUGCCAUCGAUAAAUAACACAAUUAAUGGUUUAUUGUGUACGCAACUAAACAUAGACAUCAUACAAAUUUUAGUUAUAAAAGUAAUCGAUGGAAUCGUGGGAUUGGCAUUUCCUUUUUUUUUUGCUGUGCCAGGAACAACUACAGUUUGGGAAAACAUUGUGAACAAAAAAAUUAAUUAACAAAAAUGUUUUCUCUGAAUCAUUACCAUGAAGUUUGCAUCUUCUUAAGUUAAAAGUGGAAAAAAACAUAAGACACUAACGAUAUUUAUAAAUACAAUUUGUAUAAUGUCUAGGUGUAAUUGUAUACACAACCUUAUACCAUGAGACACUGAGACAUACAUACAUUAAUCGUGUUCUUUAUUUUUACACGCACACAUGACAUGGUGUUUUUAAGUUUUCUUUACGUUUAGUUCAAGAAAAAGGUGUUCUUUAAUCUUUACGUGUCUAACUUUUUAAUACGUUUCUGUUAUACACGAAAUGAUCAUGCAUUGAACACACCUUAUGUUUACAUGGUUUUUUGUGUGCGUACAUCAUUUAUGCGUGUGUUUAUAGUUUACCGUUCGGAAAAUAUUCUUAAGAAUUUAUUUUAGAAAUGUACUCAUUUUUUUGGUAAAAUGCUGAAUAUGUACGAAUGAAAGAAAAUAGAUGAAGGAAUUGAUUAUUCUAUAAAUUUCUUCAUAAUUUAUAGUAGUUAUAAUAUUUUUUGAGUAAAAAUUUGGAAAAUAGUAAAAUGCAGUCUAAGUUUGUUAAUAAGGGGUGUUUGUCGCUUUCAUCGGAUCUGGGCUUCGUGGGAUGAGUAAAGCCGUGGCUCAUUAGCUGAAGAAGGCAUCCGGCUGUGUAAAGUGAGCUGGACUCGAGGUGGGCUUCGAUGUUAAUCUGCAAAAGAGAAGACGAGGUCCAUUAGCAUGAACGACGCAGAUUCGUUUAAUGAAGUGCUAUAACUUCAUCUUCCUCAUAAGCAAAGCACUACAAGAAAUCAGCGGCAUACCGAAGAAAAAAAAUCGUCGGUAUAUCGUCGAAAUAAUGUUAUUCUGACGAUAUACCGACGAAACAAGUCCUCGAAAAAAUUCUUCGGAAAUUCAAUUUUCCUCGGAAAUCCCUCAGAAAUUUCCGACGGAAUUCCGAGGAAAUGAAUUUCCAAGGAAACUCCGAGAACCACCAGUUCGUCGGAAAAUCCUCGAAAUAUUCCGAGGAAGAUGUCGUCGGAAAAUCCCUAGGGAUACACUUCCUCGGAAUAUUUCCAAAAUUAAAAAAAAAUUAUAAAUUUAUUUUUUUAAAUUGAAAUUCGAAAAUAUAAAAUUGAAAUAGAAAACAUAUUUAAAAUACAAAAAAUAAUAAAA